AUGGCAGAGAUGACGGCUUUGACAGUAGGCAUCUAUCGCGAGUACACCACCUCCAUUGCUCCAGGCUUUGAAAACAAGACUCCAGGCAUCACUUCUCGUUUCGAAGUCUUCUACGACGAGACCUUUCGAGAAGUAGCAUAG